CAUCUCUGUUUCACUAUGUAACAACGUGACAAGUGAAAUAACUUUACGGGAAGUUCUCUGCCAAAACAAGCCAAGUUUGAAAUGCAUGUUUAGGUUAAAAUAUUGGAAAUUAUUGUUCAAGGGCACAUGUAAACCACCAUGACUUCAAUUAUAAAGGUACAUGCUAUUUCUGGAGCAAUGGAUGAAUCACCUCCAUGUUACAUGCUCCAGGUUGAUGAUUUUAGGAUACUGUUGGAUUGUGGAUGGGACGAGAAAUUUGACCCAGAGUUCAUGAAAGAACUGAAGAGGUAUGUUCACCAGAUAGAUGCAGUGCUGCUCUCAUAUCCAGAUCCACUACAUUUAGGAGCACUGCCAUACCUUGUUGGCAAAUGUGGCCUCAAUUGUCCAAUUUAUGCUACAAUUCCAGUCUACAAAAUGGGACAGAUGUUUAUGUAUGAUUUGUAUCAGUCUCGGCACAACAUGGAGGACUUCGAAUUGUUUACACUGGAUGAUGUUGAUGCUGCAUUUGACAAGAUAGUUCAACUGAAAUACAAUCAAAGUGUAGCAAUGAAAGGAAAGGGCUAUGGCCUGACUAUUACACCAUUACCUGCAGGCCAUAUGAUUGGUGGUGCUAUAUGGAAGAUUGUAAAAGUAGGUGAGGAAGAUAUGGUGUAUGCUGUAGAUUUCAAUCACAAAAAAGAACGUCACCUUAAUGGCUGUGAGUUGGAGCGUCUCCAGCGACCAUCCCUUCUCAUCACGGAUGCAUUUAAUGCUACGUAUCAACAGGCAAGGCGACGUACACGCGAUGAAAAACUAAUGACAAAUAUAUUGCAGACAUUAAGAAGUAAUGGUAAUGUCUUGAUUGCUGUGGACACUGCUGGAAGAGUUCUGGAAUUGGCACACAUGUUGGACCAGCUUUGGCGUAAUAAAGACUCAGGUCUUAUAGCGUAUUCAUUAGCAUUGCUCAACAAUGUCAGCUACAAUGUUGUAGAGUUUGCAAAAUCACAGAUUGAGUGGAUGAGUGACAAAUUAAUGCGAACCUUUGAAGGAGCAAGGAAUAAUCCUUUUCAGUUUAAGCAUCUACAGUUAUGUCACAGCAUAGCUGAACUCAGUCGAGUACCAAGUCCAAAGGUUGUUCUGGCCAGCUCUCCUGACAUGGAAUGUGGUUUCUCACGCGAACUUUUCUUGCAGUGGUGUUCUAAUCCUCUUAACAGCAUCAUUUUGACCAAUAGGACAUCACCUGGAACACUAGCCCGACAAUUAAUUGAACUUGGUGGGAACCGCACAAUGACUUUGGAAGUACGGCGUAGGGUGCGUCUUGAAGGUGCUGAACUUGAAGAACAGCAGAGGAAAGAAAGAGAAGCAAAGGAGGCCAGGGCAGAGAAAAGUGAAGAUGUUGACAUGAGUAGUGAAUCUGAGGAUGAAAUGGACAUGACUGCAGUUGGAAGAGGCCGGCAUGACUUACUUGUCAAGCAAGAAACGAAAGUACAGACAGGGUUUUUCAAGAGCAGCAAGAAGCAGCACCCCAUGUUUCCCUUCUUUGAGGAAAAAGUUAAAUUUGAUGAAUAUGGUGAGAUUAUUAGAUCAGAGGACUACAAGAUGGUUGACUCUAAUCCUGAAGCAGAAGAUAACAAGGAGAAUGUUGAAAUUAAGGAAGAAGAAGUAACAGUGGACAUCACUGAAGUGCCUACGAAGUGUGUGUCAUCUGUACGCCAAGUGCGUGUUGUAGCACAAGUCCAGUUCAUCGAUUUUGAGGGUCGCUCAGAUGGUGAAAGUUUGCAAAAAAUCUUAGGCCAAUUGAAACCACGUCGAUUAAUCCUUGUGCGAGGAAACACAGAAGGAGUACAGAUGCUACAAAAUGCAUGUAGACACUGGGGAGCAGCUCGUGUAUUUGCACCUCAACGUGGAGAAAUUGUUGAUGCCACAACAGAGACACACAUAUAUCAGGUUCGGCUGACAGAUGCUCUUGUUUCAUCACUUCAACUGAAACGUGGAAAAGAUGCAGAGCUAGCAUGGAUAGAUGCUCACAUAACUACAAGAGAAGCUUCAAAGGAUGUAAAACCUGUAGAUGCAGAUACAGAGAAAGACGAAAAGGACGAUGACCAGAUAUAUACUCUGGAACCGUUGCCUCUCAAUCAGAUCUCAGGUCACCAAACAGCAUUCAUCAAUGAAUUAAAGCUUUCUGAUUUCAAGCAAGUGCUCACAAAGGCCAAUAUCAGCUCUGAAAUAUCUGGAGGUGUUCUCUGGUGCUGUAAUGGAACAGUGGCUGUGCGAAGGCAUGACACUGGCAGAGUCACCUUAGAAGGCUGUUUAUCAGAAGACUAUUAUAACGUCCGAGACUUACUCUAUGAGCAGUAUGCAAUUGUCUGAAAUCUGUUGGUAUUGUUAAAGGAAGAUUAUCAAGAUGUUGGUGAACUUGAAGAUCAUCACCUGUGGCACUGAGUGUUAAUGAUGCAAUUGAAAAGGAUUGUAUUUUGUGGAGCACGUAUUUGUCAGCAGCUUAUUUUUAAAGUCUGCUUUGUACACUUUGCUGGAAAUAUUGGAGAUGAUCAGGAGAUUCACCUGUAUAUGGACUUGUAAAUAUCAAUAACAUUGUCUACUGCUGAGCAGUGACAUAAGCCAUUUCUGCAAGGUUUAUAUUUGAGAUCCCACAAGGGAUACAAUUUUGUAUAUAUGACUUUCUUUCAAUCAGAGUGAAAUCACAAUCUUCCCUUGUGUGAUGCUGAUUCCUUGAGGAAUCGUUAAUGCACAAGUGUUAUUUUCUUGGAUGCAGAUCAGUCAUGUGUUUGUCUUGUAUUCAGCACAGUGUAUAGUAUAAACAACUGAAAAUUGCGCAGAAAAAAAAAUCCAUCAAAAACUAUGUUAAUAUUUGGUGAAUUCCUUGUGCCUAAAAGUUAUUGAUCCCGCAUUUCUCUGAAACUUGUGGUGACAGGUAUAAAUAUCAGUUUCAUGAAGUUGCUGAUUGUCAUUUCAGUUGCCUGGUCCAACAACAAGUUUGUUUACUCUUUAAAAUGUUUUAAUCCAACUUUAAGAAUAUGUUGUGAAAAUGGCACAGUUUAAGCUACCUUGAAUGUGGCAGAUCUAGUACUAUAUGUUUUAUUGCUGUUUAAUGUGUUCAUACUAUAGCUUUAUUCCUACUGAUUUACUGUCUGAUUUUUUUCCUGUUAUUUCAUGUGCAUGUAAUGGGAUGCAUAUGUUGUUUGGAUAAAAAAUGGACUUAACACUGUUUAUUUUGGUCCAUACCAAGGAUAAACCACGAUGGAAAUUGCAAGGUGGAAGAAGAUAAGAAAUAAAAUUGGGUUGGCAUUCAAA